AUGGAGAGGUCUGGUGUGGGCACAGCCCUGGCAUGGCCCUCUGGCUCCUCACCCUCUGCCAGCUCCAUGGCCAGCCCUGUGGAUGCGUCCCCAGCAGGCCGAGCCAGUGGGUUGGGUCCCCACCGGAGAAAGCGGACCACUUUCAGCAGAGGGCAGCUGCUGGAGCUGGAGCGGGCGUUUGCAGCACGGGCCUACCCCGACAUCGGCACCCGUGAGCGCCUGGCCCAGGUCACCCGCCUUCCUGAGGCCAAGAUACAGGUGUGGUUCCAGAACCGCCGUGCCAAGCGAAUCAAGAACAGGAAGCCAGGAGGUCUAAGCCCCAGGCCCGAACCCCCUCAGGGCUCCUGUUCUCUUCCAGACACCCUCCAGCAGCCCUGGGAGCCCCGAGCGCUGGGGCAGCCGCCACCCUCCCCUGGCACAUCUCAGCCUGCCUCAGUGUGUCGACAUGCUUCUUGUCCUGCUCCUAGCUUGGCUCCAGGGCAAGGCUGGGUGGUGGCUAAAGUCACAGCCCCAUGGGGAACGGCUGAGGCUUUAGGGGUCCACCCUUCCUUGGAGCGAGCUACUCCCCAGACCUCACUGGGCAGCCUGUCUGACCUCAUCUAUGCCUCGGCCAUUGUCACCAAUGUGGACCACUCCUAA